UCUCUUCCUGGAUGCACGCGCAGGGCCAAUCCCUGACUGAUCACUACGCCGAGGUGCUACUUGUUCAACAUGGCCGGCCAGGAAGAUCCAGUGCAAAGAGAGAUUCACCAAGACUGGGCGAACAGAGAGUACAUCGAAGUGAUUACAAGCAGCAUUAAAAAGAUCGCCGACUUUCUUAACUCAUUCGAUAUGUCAUGUCGUUCCCGUUUGGCUACUCUCAAUGAGAAGCUGACAGCGCUGGAAAGGAGGAUUGAAUAUAUCGAGGCAAGAGUGACGAAAGGAGAGACGCUGACUUAGUCUUCGUCAUGGAAAUUCAAGGCGUCCAAGACCUACUUAACCAUCCCUCCCCCACCUUGAUUUUUUUGUAAUAACUGAGAAGAAAACAACGCUAGUUUUUUGGAACCAUGUGGACCAUUUUUAUAUUAUAUGGCUGAAUUAUGUGUUGUUUUCUCUCAUGAUACAUUUGUAAAAAAAAAGCUAUGGGCAGCCGUGGGUGUCAGUGAUUCUGGCAUCAAAGUACACAUAAGCUCCACAAUUAUUAUGAAUCUGGUAUCAGCAAACUCAGCUAUUUGCCCAUCUGUGCUGUGUACAAUUACAUGACUACUUCAGAGAUUGAUGAAAAGGUGACUUUCUUGUGUGCCAUGUUGAACAAAUCUGUAUUCAUCUUUAUUGAGGACAUGCCUGUACAGUGAAUUGUUUAGUGAUGUUUCAGAAUUGAAAUGCUGUAAUAAAUGGUAAACGAUG